GAGAAAUCGGGAUACGGCUUCAGACAACCCAACACACAUUAAAAAAUUGCAGACAUAACCGAAAUGGAUAGUAGUGACCAUAUUGUGAGCCAUGGGACUCCAGAGACCGGGGAUACAGCUCCCAGAGCUCUCAGAGCUCCUCCCAAAGCUUUCAGGAUUUAUCUUGUGGGCUUCCCGGACCAGCCAGAGACCGAUUCCAAAACAAGGCCACUGAUCGAAACGAUUCCAAGUCUUGUUCCCGAGGCACUAGUGAGGAAACACAAUAUCUAUCGUUACGACGCCGCGGGCAGGCCGCGAACUCAAGCGGAUGAGGAUGGGGGCAACAUCGAGCCGGGAGCCUACGACAAGAGAAGGUCAAAUACCGAUCUGCGAGGAGACGGAGGCGAUAACACUGAUACGGCUUCUCAUCCUGAGGCAGGCGAUACGUACCGCCAUGCUGGGGGUGGUAGUCAUGAGCUCGGAGCGGGAGAGUCUGCAAGACAGGCAAAUGAUCACGAGGUCAUCGACGACGACGACGACGACGACGCAAAGUCUACGACAAGCUUAUAUGACCUGUCAUACUCGCGAUCUUGGAUCGAGAAAGAAGCGCUUGACCUCCUAGAUCGGAUACACCGCCACGCGCCGAAGGCGGGGGAGGGCGGAAACAAGAUAGUUCUGGCUGGCUACGGCCUCGGUGGAAUCGUGAUCAAACAAGCCAUUGUCAUCGCGAACACGGCCCCUCGAUUCUACGAUGUCGCGUCAAACGUCACCAGGCUGUUGUUCUUUGCUACUCCCCACGGCCCGAACCAGCACUCUGCAGCAGACCGUUCGUCAACCCAGCUCACAUGGGAGCACGUCCUAGCCAACUUGCUGGAGGUGACAGAUAUCAAAGAUACGGGAAGGUUCUCGCAACUUCUCUCUGGCCUCGUUGAGUCUGUAUCCCAACUCUCGCACAGCUUUUACAGAUUUGCGGCGAAAUACUCAACGAGUGAUUUCGUGCAAGGCGUGGAUGACUCCCUCGAACAUCUCGAAAAGCCUUCAGCAUCAAAAACGGUGAUUCGUUGGCCUAAACGUGGAUCUCAGAAUGGGCUCGCAAUCUGCUCUGUCGACGACUUGGGGGAACUGGAGCUGCUACGCGAGCAUUUCGCGCCCCUCGAGGUCCUUUGGAGCCGUCUUGAAACCUCUGACUCGCAUUGUGCCGUUGUCUCGGCCACCGGCGACAACGUCGAGACGUAUUUUGACGCGCUCCAGUUGCUGUCCCCUUCCAGAUGGAUCUUGUAUGAAGGCCCGAACAUAGAUAGGCCCACCGAUUUCAACAAUCUGGAUACCAUCUACCGAUCAGUAACAGAUAAAUUAUGUUGGGAGCAGAUGCGGGGGGGGUUGAUAAACAUCUACGGCCCACCGUGUUCCGGCAAAUCCACGCUUGUCCAGUUUAUCUCUCAGAAAUUCCGGGAACAGUGGUCGGUAGUCACUGUCGAUUACCAGACAAACUCAUCAGGAGGGCGUCGGCCAACUCUAUACUCAGUCUUGGUCUCCUGCAUCCAUCAGCUGCUCUCGCAGAGACCCUCCCUCUUCCAGCCAGUCCGAUCUCUGAUGGCUGAGAUCAACAGACAAAAUGUGUUGACAGAAGCGAGUCUCGAGACUCUUCUGUCCUCCAUGUUUCUCCACUGCCAAGCGAUGGACUUUCUGAUUGUUGUAUAUGAUCUCGACGCUUGGGAAGCGCCGGUGCAAGACUUUUGGCUGCGAAUGCGAGAGAGGUUGGCGGCGUCACCUUCGGCUAGCACCUGCACCUUUCUCAUCAAAAGCCGCAACCCGGACGAGAGCUUGAACUCGACGAAGCGCUACGAAUUCAACCUGGGCGAGGAGAACCAGCGCUGCCGCACCAUUUUGAUCCGAGACAAAACAAGGCAAUUGCUUGAUUUUGAUUACGGCUCAACUUUCAUCAGCGAACGACUCGCGGAGCGUGUGGAGAGUAAGGUCACGCAGUCGGCUUCAGCUUUCGACGGCUCUUUCUCCGCCGUCACUGCCUACCUUGAAUAUGUGCUCCAAAAGUCCGGCAUCAGCUCCAUACAAAGUAUCGAAGAGAGCAUAGACAAGGGUCCAGUAGACCAGAGACAACUGUAUGGAAAACUGCUUGAACGGCUCAAUUCCAGGGCGCCGUCUAUUGUCUUCUGGGCAAAAUCGACCCUGUCGUGGAUUCUUUUAGCAGCCCGCCCCUUACACAUCGAAGAGCUUGCAGUCGCCGUUGCGAUCAACCUGAGUCACUCAAACAUGUCUGACAUUCAGAGAACUGUCUCCAUGGAUAUGGAGAGAGACAUUCGGACCCACUUGGGCGGCCUUGUAGCCAUUCAAGCCCGUUACGCCCGCAUCGCCAGUCCGCCAGUUGCCAAAGCUUUUCUCAACGGUGAGCCGGGCGGAGACCUUCAGCCCGAAAGCCAUGGCAUGCUUGCAAAGCUUUGCCUGCACUAUCUGAAGGUAAUCCUCGACAACGGUGCUCCGGAAAUGUGGGACAAAUGCUUGGCCUUGGCGUCACGUCGUCAUACAUGGUCACACGUGGAGGCCGGAGACUCGGUUCUGGAGUUCCUGGACUAUGCUUGUCGACUAUGGCCAACUCACUUUAUUGCCGCCAAGAAUGAAGACGAACCGCUCCAAGACGCCGUCAUUGAAUUCUUCCGGAUGCCAGAGGUGUCUCGAAAGUGGUUUGAGCUACAUCUGUUGUUUGGUGCGGACGCAAGCAUAAGGUCGACAACCGAAGCCCCGGAAGGCGACACUCAAUUCGCGACUCGACUUCUAGAACAGUACUUCUCGGCCAGUUCUCUAGAAAAAGCUCAGCUAUCGCCUGCUCGCAUGGCUGGGUUCGUUGGGCUCGAGUCCGUUGUCCGCGCACUUCUCGACGACCAAGAAAAGGACAACACCCUGGAAGUGGCUCAUAUUCGACGUGGCUACCUGGAACAUGAGAUCAUUCUCUGGGGAGACAAGAUCGGUAUUGGAUUUGAAUGUGCAAUUUCAAGUAACGACAAGCGUGUUGUCGACAGAUUGUUUCAACAUGACCCUGAAUGGUUCAGAACCCUCUUCCCUCUACAUCGAGCAGCUUUGGCAGGGAGUCUUGAUAUCUUUCAACUUCUCUUCUAUCAUUACGAGCUCCCCGUGGAUUCCAUUCUGGAGGGGCGGUCCAUUCUCCAUGCAGCGGCUGUCAGCGGCUGCGUGGAUAUCGCUUGUCUGAUUCUGGACAAGGACACAUCCAAGACCGCUGGUUUUAUUGAUCUCUUGGAUAAUAACCACCAAACGGCCUUAAUCAUUGCAGUGAGAAUGGGAAAUAUUGAUUUUGCAAAACAGCUAAUUGCCGCUGGAGCGCAACUUGCCAUUGCUGACCAGAUUGGCAAGACAGCACUGCAUUAUGCAAUCCAGUAUUGCCCGCUGAUUGUCGGAGACUUUGUCAACAAGGAUGUCAGCUUGAUACUUUCCAAAGACGAAGUAGGGUGCACUCCAUUGCAUCUUGCUGCAUGUUCUGGGAGCAUUGAAAUGACUGAGAUCAUACUUAGUGCUUCCAGGAAGAUCGGUCAGCUGGCGGCGAUGAUCAAUGCAAGGGACAACAAAGGGUUUGUGGCUCUUCAUCACGCCACAGAAAGAGGCUUCAAGCACGUCUGUCAAGUCCUUGUUGAGGCUUGCGUUGAGGCUGGUGCAUAUGAGGAUGAUACCAGGAUACGUGCUGCAGUGCUGGCUUCCAAACACGGCCACCUAGCCACCUUGAGGAUGAUAUUCCCUAAAAGGUUGGAGGACGGAGAUCGACUGCUCUUAGAAGCAGCCAGCACAGGUCAGAUGCUCAUGGUCCAGUACCUUAUCCGGGAGGGCGUUUCCGUCAACGGACCGGAAGAUGCAACUAGGAGGCCGAUCUCUGAAGCCGCCGGUCGAGGUCAUAGUGAUGUUGUGCGUACGUUGCUCCGGUGCGGAGCAAACGCAAACUUGCAAGAUGCUAAACGCCUGACACCACUGCACCAUGCUGCGAUGGCUGGGAUGCUUGAGGUUACAGAGGCGCUUCUCGACCAAGCUUCUGCGGAGGCCGACGAGACAAACAUCGAUGGGCGGGACUUAGAGCGAUUCACCCCUCUUCACAGAGCAGCUAAGAGCGGGAAUGAGCAGAUUGUGAACCUGCUACUCAAGCAUCACGCAUUUGUGGACGCUCGUACAAUUUCCGAGAAGACUCCGCUUCAUUUUGCCACUGCUUUUCCUGAGGUAGUCAAGCUCCUCCUGGACGCAAAUGCCGAAGUCAACGCUGCCGAUUCUCUUGGCCAGACACCUCUACAUAUAGCGACAAGCAAAAGAAACCGCCGUUCAGCACAACUCCUGUUAAAGGCAGGUGCUAAUGUUCACCAUGCUGACGAUGAUGACGAUUCUGAUGAUGACGGUGGCAAACGGGCUGUAUACCACGCCAUAAAUUGGAAAGAUCUCCAAAUGGUUGAAGAUCUUUACAAACUUGGCAGUAGGCCGAACGAAAAAGAUUCUUUGGCAGACAUGAAGCACGCAGUGAAAUGCUCUGCCGCCGACAUCCUCAAGUUCUUCAUCAAAGACUCUGCAGAUUCAGUUCACAAGAAGAAUCUUAAGGAUGGUCAAACGCUGUUACACCUCGCCUCCGAACGAGACUCGCCUGAGAUUAUAUCCCUUCUGAUCGAGUCUGGAUUGAACGUCAACUCCGCUGGGCCUUGGGAUCAAACACCAUUGCAUGUAGCGGCAGCGCUUGGCAAGAUUGACAACAUCCGACAGCUUCUCAAGUACGACGCCGAUACUCAAAAGGUCAAUGAAGACGGCGAUAUGCCGUUGCACGGCGCAGCGACGAACGGCUCUAACGCUGCCGUUCGUAUGCUGCUCGAAAAAGGCGCCCCUGUUGAUGCGCGAGGCUUCAACGGGGAAACGCCGCUUUUCUGUGCCAUUUACGACGGCCACGUCGCAGCCUCUGAGACUCUUGUCGAAUUCAACGCUGAUUGCAACACGUACACCGACGGCAGAAGAUGGUCAUUGCUACACGCCGCCACUAGAAACGAAAGCACCGAGUGCCUGAAAUUCGUCUUGUCCUUAGGAACAGAAGUCAAUCUUCAAGACACGGAUGGAUGGACACCUCUUCAUCUUGCGGUGUUUUGGAAUCGGCUCGAGCAAGUUCAGCUUCUCCUUGAAGCAGACGCCGACCCCAACGUCGAAGACAAAAAGGGAAACACUCCGUUUUAUUUCGCUCUUAAAGACAGCCUGCUCGAUAUCACUCGAGCUAUCUUAGAUCACCAAGGGAAAUGCCCUGUCCAAAUUCACGUCAAAAGGCAGGACUACUCGUAUAUCCACGUCGCGGCUGAAAAUUCCAGCAGCGAAAUUUUCCAGCUUCUACUCGACAAGGGAGCAGAUUACACAGCUAAGACCGAUGACGGUUCGUCCUGUCUCACUCUGGCGGUAACAGCAAGGCAACCGGACAACCUCAGACUGAUUCUCAGCGGAGAGGCUCCGCGAGCCUCCCAGUUCAGAUGGGAGGACCAGGAAAUCGAGGACGCCUAUUGGUUGGCCGUUUCAUUGAACCAGACAAGAAGCGUUAUCAUUCUACUUGAAUACGACAGCUCCUCAUCGUUGCUGGACAAGGAAAACCAUGACGGCUCUGACGCGCUCCAACUGGCCUUAUCCAGUGCUGGUUUAGAUGGUAGGCUUCAAUAUGAAUUUGAUGACGAACCGCUUCCAGUUUGUUUAAUCAACCGUGGAAUCAACCCAUGGAGCCGAAAAGAACGCGACAGCCUAUCUGGGUUUCUACAUGGGCUUCCUUUCAAGGACCUUCGGCAUAAAGGCUUUGUUAAAGCCUGCAUACAGCAUCUCCCAACUGAUCUUCAGGAAGCAGAUCUAGGAUGGGAAGAGCUGCGAGCAGCCACCGAGACGGACGAUCCUUCUUUGUGGAACAAACUGUCGCCGCUUUUAGCACACGUGGGGGAUCAAACAGAUCAGGAUGGCUGGAACAUUCACCACUUCCUGAAUCAAAGUGCUCCCAGGACACAAUUUGCGGAAUGUCAGCAAGAUCGAUUUAGAAGGCUUACAAAAACGCCAACAGCAAUGGUUGGAGCGCAGAUGUUAACGGGAGGUGAUUCCGAGCCACUGGUCCAGAUCUCAGAAGACGGACUGCAAGUCAUAUUUGCUGAAACGAGCGGGGAAGGGUCUGGCAUCAUGUCAAUCCACGCAGACCACCCUCUCCCACCCAGAACUGUGGGGAAAUCUUAUUUCGAGGUUUCAAUCGAGGCCAUGGAACAAAGAGAGCAACGUGACGAGCCAGAUUCUAUCCCGCACUCCAAGGGCGAAGAGAACUCUGAACCGAUAAAAGUACUUGAUGAUUCUGAGGCAACCGCUGAAGACCCUCCCCAACGCGAGGAUGCUGUCGACCAGGAAGUAUCCGAGCUUUCAAGACUGAGUUCCCAAGAUCCUGUUUCCGCAAAGGGGCUCGUCUCGGUUGGACUCUCUAGCGCGUAUUCCUAUCUCUAUCAGGGUCACGUUGGAUGGAAUCCCUGGACAAUCGGCUAUCAUGGAGAUGAUGGGGGCAUCUACGAAGAAACCAUUGAAGACUCUGAGCAUAAAACUGGGUUUCCUUUUGGUUCUUCAAGCACGGUGGGUUGCGGGAUUGAUUAUGAGAGCAAAGAGUAUUUCUUUACCCUAGAUGGGAAAGUGGUUGGUAAGAAAGCCUAUUUUUAA